AUGGUCACAGAUCCAUCGUUGAUCGAAGCGUUGUGUGCUGUACCUGUAGAAAGUGUGAUUCAUGUGGAUGGUCAUGUGCGCGAGCGGGCUUCCGGUGCUACGAACGCUGCUAUGAAGACGGGGCAGGUGGAAGUAAACGUCGAGGCAUGGUCUUUGCUGAAUGCGGCCAACGCAACUCUACCCUUUUACGCCAGCCAGUGCCAUGACUCUUCGACCUUGCCGAAAGACACGCUGCGCGCCAAGCACCGCUACUUGGACCUUCGCCGUGCGCCUUUGCGUGACGCCAUUCGUACACGAAGCCGUAUGGCACAGGCUGCUCGAAACUUCCUUCACGAUAAUGACUUUAUCGAAAUCGAGACACCUAUUCUUCUUCGUUCUACGCCCGAAGGCGCGCGCGAAUUCCUUGUACCUACAAGACACACACCUGGCCCGCAGUUUUAUGCAUUGCAGCAAUCACCGCAACAGCCUAAGCAAUUGCUCAUGGUCUCUGGUGUGACGGAUCGAUAUUUCCAAUUUGCCAAAUGUUUCCGCGACGAGGAUGGGCGAAAAGACCGACAGCCUGAAUUCACGCAGAUCGAUAUCGAAAUGAGUUUUGUCCGUGGGCAUGGUGAUAAUGAUGUAUGGCGAAUCGGUGGUGCUGAUGUUCGUGAUAUUACACAGGGCCUUGUCCAAACGAUGUGGACAGCCGCUGGCCAUGCACCAUUGCCUGCAUCAUUCCCUGUAUAUACCUAUGAGCAUGUAAUGCGCACGUAUGGGUCUGACAAGCCGGAUCUUCGUUUUGGUCUGCCCAUCGAGAACCUCUGCUCUGCAGGUGCUUCCCAUGUGUUGGAUGUCCUGAUAGUGCCAAGGUACCCUCAUUGUGCCUUGACAGGCAAGCAGAUCCAAGCUCUCAUGAUCGACCAACAUGGCGAUCGCGUCCCUGUAGAGCAUUUCAAGGGAAAAAAGAGCGAUCCACAAGCACUUGCUGCACUGCUUUGUGCCAAAUCGCAUCACAUGGCCGCUAUGCCAGAGGCAUUCGAUGCUGCCUCGUUGGCUGAUACCCUUGCGUCCAUGAUGGAGCGAGCGUAUGCCUUUGCAGAUGAUGCGUCCACUGUGUCGUCACAGCCAGAAGACACCUACCAUGUGUUUGUUUCGCGUCGACCUGCGUUGUUGGAUGGGGGAAGUACCGUGAUGGGUGACUUACGUUUGCGUAUCGCCGAUCUGCUGUCGCUACGCUCCAAAGAGCCUCGGAUUCUCUGGGUCACAGAGUUCCCACUUUUCACCCACGCGGACGCCGACAAGGAUCAUCUCGCUCAUGGCCGCUGGAGCAGUACGCACCAUCCUUUCACGGCCCCCGUGGCUGCCGAUAUACCAAAACUCCAAAAAGCCUUCUUACUACCUCCGGCUGAGCGAGAUGCCACGUUAGCCACGAUUCAUGGUCAGCAUUAUGACCUGGUCCUGAAUGGUGCCGAAAUUGGCGGGGGUAGCGUUCGUAUUCACGAUCCCACUUUACAAUUAUGUAUUUUGCGGGAUGUGCUUGCAUUGAGUGAGGAGGAGCAGCAGCGGUUCUCUCACUUGUUACAUGCGUUGGAAUGUGGUGCUCCCCCACAUGCAGGUAUUGCGCUAGGCUUUGAUCGGUUCAUGGCGAUUGCAUGUGACACUACAUCCAUUCGCGAUGUGAUGGCCUUCCCCAAAUCGGGAUCAAGUGUGGAUCCGUUGUUUUCAACUCCAGCACCGUUGCCUAUGGAGGAGCAACAUGAUCAGCUCGCUAUCUACAACCUACAGCCGACAAAGUGA